AAAUGUAAGACCUUUUUUUUUUUUUGCUCAAACAGUUGGGGUGAACAGUGUUUAAAAGCAUCACGUUAACAGUUUAACAGAAAAAUGAAAAGGAAUAUAAUUAAUCCAAAGCGACGUUGUGUUUCACCACAGCAAAAAAAAAGAGUUCUCGACAAAAUAAGCGCUAUAUUAUAAAAUAAUGCGAAGCAGUUACGGUUUGAGGUAUGGGUAGGAACGAUUGCUUGGGAAAUGCACUGGCACCGGAAUUAAUUCUCGGUCGCACGAGGCUGUGUUACAUGACCUGUGUCGUAAGGCAACGCAAACUCGAAGUGUCCGCUUUCAUCGACCUGCGUGUCCUAAAAUGACAAUUUGCUCCAAAUAUCUGCUAUAAUGGCGCACAUUUGCACUCGUUUAACAAGCAAAACCUUCAGUCGUGCGGCGUCAACGUUGUUUCGUCACAUCGUUGGGAGCGUGAGUACUACGCGGCCUCUUUCCGUGAGCCAUCGUCUGCUGGCCAAGCCCGAGAAGCCCGCAGGAGGCCAGGACGAGGUCGACAACGGGCCCAUCCGUUUCUCCACCAGCAAGGCCAGCCACAGGACUUGGAGGGUGGAGCGUUCCCUGGGGAGCCAGCACCAACGCCCCUGGUGGAAAGUGCUCCCGAUCAGUGUGAUCGCCACGGCCUUCCUCCUCUGGUGCGCCUUCAGAGAAGAGACGGACAUUGACGUGGAGCUGGAAAAGAAACUUUACCAGCAUUUACCCGGAUUGCUCUCCAAUGAAGACGACGAGAAAAAAUAAACGUCUGAUGUACGCA